AUGCCAAAAUCUGGAAGCAAAGGCAGGAACCAGCAGGGACACUAUCCACGUUUACAGAAGCGGAAAAUAAGGCCUAAGUUCAAGCACCUACCUCGCGCACACUAUACGACCUGGGAGAAAAAAAGUGUACCCCCGCCACCCCGGGGGCCGCCCGAGGGGCCCCUGGGGGCCGUGGCGCCGGAAGACGAGGACGAAGAGCCAGGGGACCCGGAGGAGGAGGAGGAGGGAGAGGAGGAAGAGGAGCCGGACCCCGAGUCCCCUGAGAACGGCUCCCUGCCCCGGUUCGUGCCGCGCUUCAAUUUCACCCUGAAGGACCUGACUCGCUUUGUGGAUUUCAACAUAAAAGGGCGCGACGUGAUCGUGUUCCUGCACAUCCAGAAGACCGGGGGCACCACGUUCGGCCGGCACCUGGUGAAGAACAUCCGGCUGGAGCAGCCGUGUAGCUGCAAAGCGGGCCAGAAGAAGUGCACCUGCCACCGGCCCGGCAAGAAGGAAACGUGGCUCUUCUCCCGCUUCUCUACUGGCUGGAGCUGCGGACUGCACGCAGACUGGACGGAGCUCACCAACUGUGUGCCGGCCAUCAUGGAGAAGAAAGACUGUCCCCGCAACCACAGCCACACCAGGAAUUUCUAUUACAUCACAAUGUUACGUGAUCCAGUGUCUCGUUACCUGAGCGAAUGGAAACACGUCCAGAGAGGGGCCACGUGGAAAACCUCCCUCCACAUGUGCGAUGGGAGAAGCCCCACCCCGGAUGAGCUGCCCACCUGCUACCCUGGGGAUGACUGGUCUGGGGUUAGCUUGCGGGAGUUCAUGGACUGCACCUACAACCUAGCUAACAACCGCCAGGUGCGCAUGCUGGCUGACCUCAGCCUGGUGGGCUGCUACAACUUGACUUUCAUGAACGAGAGUGAAAGAAACACCAUCCUGUUGCAGAGUGCAAAAAACAACCUGAAGAACAUGGCUUUCUUUGGGCUCACAGAAUUCCAGAGGAAGACACAGUUUCUCUUUGAGAGGACAUUCAACCUCAAGUUCAUCUCUCCCUUCACACAGUUCAACAUCACGCGGGCUUCCAAUGUGGAGAUCAAUGAGGGUGCCCGCCAACGCAUUGAAGAGCUAAACUUCUUGGACGUGCAGCUUUAUGAAUAUGCAAAGGAUCUCUUCCAGCAGCGCUACCACCACACCAAGCAGCUGGAGCACCAGAGGGACCGGCAAAAGAGGCGGGAGGAGCGGAGGCUGCAGCGGGAGCACAGGGGCCAUCGGUGGCCCAAGGAGGACGGGAACACAGAGGGGGCAGUCACUGAGGACUACAACAGCCAGGUGGUGAGAUGGUGACCCCCUGCCCUUUCCUCCCUCUGAAGGGGGGAUGAGCAGGAGCACUGACCUCGUGUGGCAUUACCGUGGAGACUGCUGGGACUGGUGGGCCAUUCUGAGGACAUCUGGCUAUAUGUGG